GCGUUAGACCGAGGCUUGCUACAGUGUACUGUACCUGAACCCCAUGGAGUUAAGACGGCUGGCGUUGAAAGCGCAGUAUUAUGCGAUUUGUAACGGAAUUUUAAUUGAAGAUUCUAACGCAACCGCUACGGCUAGACACCUACAACCAACUAUUCCACCACUCGCUUUGUUUCCGUCUCCUCUGCCUCGUCAAGAGCUAACCUAUAUUACCAAAAUUCAACCUUUAGUCAAUGAACUUUACGACAACGUUAGUCGAGAUCACAUAUUUCUCAAGACCACUCUACAACGUGUUAUAGAAACUGAUCAAUUUACUCGACAACUUGUGAAUAUUUUGGAAAUUUUGGACACCAAAAAAUGUAUAAAAAAGACAGCAUGUGGCUUGCUAAGAUCAGACUAUAUGAUGGAGUCAAGAUCAGACAGAUGGAAUGGUUUUACAAAAAUGAAACAGGUAGAAGUCAACACUAUUGCUGCAGCGACAGGCUGUUUAGCCGAACGUGUGCCUCAACUCCACAGAUUUACAGUUAGUCUUCGAGAUGGUUUUUGCAAGGGCAACUAUGAUCUUGAGUUACCUGCCUCUGAAAAUGGUAAAGGAAUGGCUGAGGGAUUGGCAACUGCCUGGAAAGAGUAUGGAUCUGAUAGAGCUGUCAUUGUCAUGCUAAUGUGUGCUAAUGAAUGGAAUAUCUAUGACAUGUUUCAUCUUGAGGCUCUACUGUUACUCAAAUUUUGUGUAAAACUUAUUCAAGUAAACUUUGAUGAUAUUGUUGAAGGAGGGCUGAAGCAAGCAACACUGCGUGAAGAUGGAGCACUUAUCAUAGAUGGUUAUGAGGUUGCAGUAAUUUAUUUUCGAUGUGGCUAUGUUCCUGAGCAUUAUCCAUCACAAAAGUAUUGGGAUGCACGUUUAUUGCUUGAACUCUCGCAGUGUAUUCAGUGUCCUUCAGUAGCUUUGCAGUUGGCUGGCACAAAGAGGGUGCAGCAAGAAUUGGCCGCACCUGGUGUACUAGAAAGGUUUGUACGAAAUGUGGAUUCAGUCAAGCAACUUCGAGCAACAUUUCUAAAUAUGUACUUGUUAGACCAGACUCCAGAAGGCAAUAAUGCUGCUGCAAAAGCAAUUGCAAACCCGUCUGACUAUGUUAUAAAGCCACAGCGGGAAGGCGGUGGCUCAAAUAUAUAUAAUGAAGAUGUCAAGAAGACUUUGAUUGAUUUGAAGGACAGUACCAUCAGGGGCUCUUACACAAUGCAAGAUAGAAUCCAUCCUGUUGAGACUACUAAUUAUUUUCUUCGCCAUGGGCAUUUAGAAGAGUUGAAACCUAUAACAGUCAUCAAUGAGACAGGCAUCUUUGGAGCAUUUGUACGAACUGGUGAUGACAUUGUGCUAAAUUCUGUUCCUGGACACUACAUGAGAACUAAGGAAGCUACUGCCACUGAAGGGUCUAUACGACUUGGCAAUACUGCCAUUGGAUCACCGUGGCUCAACUAGACAUUCUUCAUUGACGGUUCGAUUAUGAACGAAACUAGUUACUGCUUGUAACUGAUCUAAUUAUUAUGGCUUUCUGGCAUAUCAUGGCAUAUCAAUUGAAGACAAGUAUAGAGAUGGCAGAACAAUGUGUGUAUCAACAUUUGGAGUACACUUUACUGUUUUAUUUCUAAGAAAGAAAUAAACUCAGGCAGUUAUCAAGCUUUUCUAAGAUUUUUGUGGUGGAAGAUUUCUUAUGAACUUGUUUUAUGCUUAGAACAAAGUGUUACAAAGAUUGCUUUGCAAAAAGGUGUCUUAGAGUGGUUUGUGUGUAUACAUGUGUGUGUGUUUGUGUGUAUGUUUGUUAGUGUGUGUGUGUGUGUGU